AUGGAAACCGAUAUUGUCGCUUCACACUUAGCUCCAAUUGCUCCAGCGCCAGUUAGAACAACUUCUGUCGAACCUGAUAGUCCCGAUCCCACUUUGACAAUGAUGCGCUUCAAUUGCCAAGUUUGCGUACGCAAAAAGAUCAAAUGCGAUAAGACGACACCAGUAUGUUCGAGCUGCAGCAAAGCAAAGCUCCAGUGUAUCUACCGCACUCCCCUGCCGCGAAAGAGACGGAGACUGCGAAGCCAGUUGGAAAACGGGGAAGACGUACAUGAGCGAUUAGCACGGUAUGAGCGCAUAUUGCUCGACAACAAUCUUCUCCAUUCAUCGUCUACGUCAAUUCCAUAUGGCCAGAGAACGGAGGCAUCAGUGGCCAGCACGCUGAGCUCAACACCAAUGCCGAGCUCUCAAACCGCUACGUCAGGUAAACUUCUAUCCGCCGACGGCCAGUCCCGCUACAUUGACAGUGUUCUGCUUGAUAUGUGCGAAGCUGCUGAAGCAUACAAUUCCGACCAGGAUGAUAAUUAUCAGAAGGAAGCCAGAGGUAAUAAGAGUACAACGGAUCACCUGGGCGUUCCCGUAGCGUGCCCUUUAUCUGGGGCCAUACUUGGGAGCACAAAAACUAUUACCGAACAACAUCCUAAUCAUGGCACGGCGAUCAAGCUCUGGAAUAUAUACGUGCAAAACGUGGAGCCUCUAUGCAAGAUUCUUCAUGUUCCCACGGUCGCAAAAAUGGUUAACACCGUUUCAAAACAACCAUCUAAGGCCUCGAAGAGCGACGAAUGUCUUAUUUUCGUCAUUUACUACUUCGCUGUGUUCUCUUUGUCAGAUGCUGACUGUUUACGAGAAUUUGAUCAACCGAAGAAUGAUAUGAUAUCGAAAUAUCGGACCUUGGUUUACCAGGCACUUAUCAAUGCAUCGUGGCUGAGCACGACAUCAAUACCUGUACUGCAGGCUUACACUCUAUUUCUCAUUGUUAUGCGCAAUCAAAUUGAUUCCGACACCUUUUGGAUCUUGACAGGGAUUGCUAUUCGCCUCGCACAGCGUAUGGGGCUUCACCGUGAUGGUGAAAAACUCGGAUUGCCACCUUUUGAGGUUCAGAUGAGACGGAGAAUCUUUUGGCAACUACUCCCUCUAGAUAGCUAUGCUGGCCAGGUUUCCGGUACUGGUAUUGUGAUGUCGUCAACUAGCUGGGAUACUAAACACCCAUUAAACAUUAAUGAUGAUCAGAUUUUCCCUGGUAUGAUAGAGCCGCCUAUCGAACAGAGAAGCGAGACAGAAAUGAUUUUUUGCUUAUCUCGGAUAGAAUUUUCAGAUUUUUAUACCAGAACUGGCGUCAAAUCGAGAGGAAUUGGCGAAGCAAUUCAAUUUAGGGAUGCAGAGCAUAUUGAGAGACUUAUCAAUGAGGUCGAAGAUCUCAUCGAGACUAAUUUUCUUCGAUACUGCGAUAUUUUAAAUCCCUUACACUUUUACACCAUUGGAAUUACCCGAUCUGCGACUGCUGCUGUUCGACUUCGGGCUCGAAUGCCGCUGUUGAUGACCCAGGCCACUACAAACGUGCAAAAGAGGGAAAUUUGUGCACUUGCAGCAAAAAUUCUCGAUACUAUUAACGCCAUAUAUAGUAACUCCAACAUGCGGAAGUAUCGAUGGCAAUUACAGGCUUUCUGGAUAUGGGAUGCCCUUCUCUGUAUUCUACGCAGCAUCGCGGAUGUCACAUUCUACUCGACCUCGGAGCUGAAUGUUUCUUGGAAGAAUGUGGCAGAUGUUUACGCAAAUCACGAAGAACUGUUUGAGGGUAGAACAGCCCUAUAUGUCACAAUCGUCAAGUUAACUCUCAAGGCUUGGUGUGUCAAUCCCCCAAGCCAAUCGUCCCCAGAGCCGACUUUCAUAACCUCCCUAUAUGCGCUACAGGAACCAAAAGUGGCCAUCGAACAGGCUCGUGUUAUCCGGAAUCCGACAAGCAACCUCGCUAUGCCAUCACUCACGUCGGUAACUCGCAUAAAUGCGGCAAGUCCCUGCCCUGUCCUCAUCAUAGGAGCAGGCCUAUCGGGUCUGGCUGCUGGACGGCUUUUGACGAAUAAUGGCAUUGCCAACAUUGUAUUCGAAGCUUCUUCCCCGCAACGUGAUCAAGGUUUUGCCAUUUCCCUACACGAUUGGAGCUAUUCUCUGUUACUAGAAGCCCUUGGGGGACUGUCCCUCCAAGGCAUGACGAAAGCCGUUGCACCAGACCGUUUCAACGGCGGCAGUGGUUGGGUUGAUCUGGCAAUGCGCGAUAACACGACAGGAGAAGUGCUAAUUGCGCCGGAACCUAGCGCUCGUUCGAAAGUUGUGCGGGCUAAUCGCAAUGCCUUGCGGACAUGGAUAGCUGAUUGUGGCGAUGAAGAACUAGAUGUGAGAUACCAUCAUAAGCUCAAGGCCAUCUCGGGAUCAGUCGGAAACAUAAGGGCCAUCUUUGAGAAUGGGGCCGAGUAUCAGGGCUCGCUGGUGAUCUCCGCUGAUGGUGUGCACUCGACAGUAUACCACGGCGAAUUUGAAGUCUCGCGAGACGAGUUCGAUAGCUUUAUAAAACCUUUUAUUGGCGAUGCAAAUAUUCUGGCCGGGGUUGGUGAUGGCUUCAACACACCCAUCACCAUUUGCCAUAUGAGCAAAUCUCAGGUCCAUUUAGACUGGUCAUACUCUCGCCCUGCUCGUAGUGACGACGAUCCAUUGUUUUGCCCGACUUCCAAGGUGAUGGACCAGACACGUGAGCUUCCACAGGCGCUCUUUGAUGAACUGGCAUCGAUGAAGCUCGCUGAGCCAUGGGUGCGAUAUAUUAAUCCCGAAACCAUCAAACAGCAUUCUGUGUUUCACUGGGUUAGUCGUUGCGUGAAUAUGACUACUAAGGACAUGCUUUGCGGUGCGCAGCAAGGGAUUGUUUUCAUUGGAGACGCAUGGCACGCGAUGCCUAUCUUUGCUGGGGAAGGUGGAAACCAUGCGUUAUUAGACAGUGUCGAACUUGUGGCGGCCAUAAAAAGCAGUUCGGACCUGGAUAGUGCUAUUUUGGCUUACUAUGAUGGUGCUGGAAGAAGAUGUCAGGAUGCAGUUCGAAGGUCGAAGUCUCGGUUCUACGUGCUGCAUCGACCGAUGACCGAAUGGCAAGAUGUUGCAGCAAAGCGGCGUCUUAAAGCGACUGCUUGA